UUUCAAUCACUAGUAAUGUCAAAAACAACGACUAGCAAGUAUCUAGGUUAUAAAACAAUUGUUUGAAAAUUUUUAAUCGUAUGGCUCUAAUUUUAUAAUAAUUUUUAGAAAACGUAUUGUUUUUUAAAAUGUCUCCAUCGAAAAAUGCUCAAUUUAAGUUUGCUAUUGAUCGUGGUGGUACAUUUACGGAUAUUUAUGCAAAAUGUCCAAAUGGAAAAAUUCGUGUUAUGAAAUUAUUAUCAGUUGAUCCACAAAAUUAUAACGAUGCACCAACGGAAGGAAUCCGGCGAAUUUUAGCAGAAGAAAGUGGAGAAUGUAUGGAUGGAAAUGGUAAAAUAAAUACUUCCAAGAUUGAAUGGAUACGCAUGGGAACGACAGUAGCAACUAACGCUCUGUUAGAGCGCAAAGGAGAACGAAUGGCUUUAAUUAUUAACAAAGGGUUUAAAGAUUUAUUAUUUAUUGGAAAUCAAGCAAGGCCAGAAAUUUUCGCACUGAAUAUUCAAACCCCGGAUAUUUUAUAUGAAAAAGUGAUUGAAGUAAAUUGUCGGGUUGUCCCGGCACAAAAAAAUAAAUGCCUCUUAGAUCAAAAUGUUAAAAAAUGGAGAUGUGUUGAAGCAACCACAAAAGAAGAAAUUUUUAUUAUUGAUGAAUUAAAUAUUGAUGUCGUAACCAGACAAUUGAAAGAAUUAAAAGAAGAAGGUUUCCAAAGUAUUGCAGUUGUUUUAGCUCAUAGUUAUAUGUUUCAUGAUCAUGAAUUAACAAUUGGAGAGAUAGCGAAAAAUUUAGGAUUUUUAAAUGUAUCAUUAAGUCAUCAAGUUAUGCCAAUGAUACGAAUGGUGCCAAGAGGAUUUACAGCCUGCGCGGAUGCAUAUUUAACUCCGCACAUUCAAAAAUAUCUUCAAAGUUUUGCUUCCGGUUUCAAAGAUAACUUAAAAGGUGUAAAUGUUCUUUUUAUGCAGUCCGAUGGCGGUUUAACACCAAUGAAUCAAUUCAAUGGUUCGCGAGCAGUUUUAUCUGGACCUGCAGGAGGUGUUGUAGGCUAUGCUGUUACAACAUACAAUGAAAAUAAUCAACAACCUGUUAUUGGUUUUGAUAUGGGAGGAACUUCUACGGAUGUUAGUCGGUAUGCAGGGACUUAUGAACAUGUUUAUGAAAGUACCACAGCUGGUGUAACUAUACAAAGCCCACAAUUAGAUGUAAAUACUGUCGCUGCUGGAGGAGGCUCUAUGUUAUUUUUUAGAUCUGGUUUGUUUGUGGUUGGACCUGAAUCUGCUGGAGCACAUCCCGGACCCACUUGCUACAAGAAAAACGGUCCUUUAACAGUUACCGAUGCUAAUCUUAUCCUAGGUCGUCUAUUACCACAAUAUUUUCCAAAAAUAUUUGGUCCAAAUGAAAAUGAACCGUUGGAUAAAAAUGCAGCUUUAUUGAAAUUUAAUGAAUUGAUUAACGAAAUCAAUCAAUAUUUGAAAUCAGAAAAUAAAUCAGAAAUGAGCUUAGAAGAAAUCGCAAUGGGCUUUAUUCGUGUGGCAAAUGAAGCAAUGUGUCGCCCAAUUCGUGCGUUAACUCAAGCUAAAGGAUAUGAUACUAGAAAUCAUAUUCUUGCCUGUUUUGGAGGUGCUGGUGGUCAACAUGCUUGUGCUAUUGCAAAAUCUUUGGGAAUGUCUACCGUCUUUGUACAUAAAUAUGCAGGAAUUUUAUCAGCAUAUGGAAUGGCUUUAGCUGAUGUAGUAGAAGAGGCACAAGAACCAUCUGCCUUUAAUUACACAAUCGAAAAUUUUGAAUACUUUAUUAAACGUAUUCAACAUUUAAGCAAUGUGUGCAUUGAAAAAUUAGAGAAACAAGGAUUUACUCGUGAUUUAAUUGUUCUCGAACCUUAUUUACAUUUAAGAUAUGAUGGUACAGAUUGUGCAUUAAUGUGUACUCCCCAAAAACAGGAUCCCAAUUAUGUUCCAGAUUUUAAUGAUUUCAAACAAGUUUUCCUUGAUCGAUAUCAAAAUGAAUUUGGAUUUGUAUUAUCUGAAAGAAAUAUUAUUGUUGAUGAUAUUCGUGUAAGAGGUAUCGGUAAAACUUCAAUAUUAGAUGAAAAUCAGUUAGAAUUGAGCCAAGCAGAACCAGUUAUCGAGCAUACUACAAACAUAUUCUUUGAUACGAAAUAUGAAACAACAAAUGUGUAUUUACUGAAAAAUUUAUGUAGUGGACAAACGAUACAUGGCCCUGCUAUAAUUAUGGAUAAUUUGAGCACAAUAUUAAUUGAACCGAAUUGUACAGCUGUUAUUACAAAAUAUGGAGAUAUUAAAAUUACAAUUGGUAGCGAUAAAACACAAAAAAUUGGCACUGAAUGGGAUUCAAUUCAAUUAAGUAUAUUUAGUCAUCGUUUCAUGAGCAUAGCGGAACAAAUGGGAAGGAUUUUACAAAGGACAUCAAUUUCAACAAAUAUUAAAGAACGUUUGGAUUUUUCAUGUGCAUUAUUUGGGCCCGAUGGAGGUCUUGUCUCAAAUGCUCCUCAUAUACCUGUUCACUUAGGUGCUAUGCAAGAAACUGUUCAAUAUCAAUUACAAGUCUUCGGAAAUGAUGACAGCGAUGGAUUACACAAUGGUGAUGUGAUUUUAAGCAAUCAUCCUAAAGCUGGUGGCUCACAUUUACCAGAUUUAACAGUGAUUACACCAGUAUUUUAUGGAAACAUUGAAAAGCCUGUGUUCUUCGUCGCAAGUCGAGGACAUCAUGCAGAUAUUGGUGGUAUCACACCUGGUUCAAUGCCACCUCAUUCUACAUCAUUAUCACAAGAAGGCGCUAGUUUUAAAAGUUUUAAAAUCGUUGACCGUGGUGUUUUUAAGGAAAAGGAAUUAAUUGAUGAAUUAAUGAAACCUGGUUUAAUUGAGGGAUGUUCUGGAUCCAGAAAUAUUUCCGACAAUAUAUCUGAUUUAAAAGCACAAAUUGCUGCCAAUAAAAAAGGUAUCGCUUUGGUAUGCGAAUUGAUUGAUAUGUAUGGAUUGAAUGUAGUCCAGGCAUAUAUGGAUUAUAUUCAAGAAAAUGCAGAAAUAGCUGUACGAAAUAUGUUACGUGAAAUUGGAAAGAAAACUUAUAGUACAAAUCAAACUACGACAUUACAAGCUAUAGAUUAUCUUGACGAUGGUUCACCGAUUCAGCUGAAAGUUAAUAUAAAUAUUGAAGAGGGUUCAGCAGUGUGUGAUUUCACGGGUUCUGGAUACGAAGUUUGGGGUAAUUGUAAUGCUCCAAAAGCUAUUACUUUAUCAGCACUGAUAUAUUGUUUACGAUGUAUGGUUGGCCAUGAUGUUCCUUUAAAUCAAGGCUGUUUGAAACCAGUUCAAGUAAUAAUUCCAAAAGGUAGUAUAUUAGAUCCAAGUGACGAUGCAGCUGUUGUAGGAGGAAACGUACAAACGUCACAGCGAAUAGUCGAUGUUGUUUUAAAGGCAUUUAAUGUUUGUGCGGCAUCGCAAGGGUGUAUGAACAAUAUAACAUUCGGUGAAGAUACUUGGGGAUAUUAUGAAACUGUUGCUGGAGGCAGUGGUGCAGGUCCAAAUUGGCACGGACGAGGUGGCGUACAUACACACAUGACAAAUACAAGAAUUACAGACGCAGAAAUAUUAGAACGGCGUUAUCCUGUAAUUUUAAAACAUUUCUCACUUCGAGAAAAUUCUGGCGGAAAUGGCCUCUAUAAAGGCGGUGAUGGUGUAGUCCGUGAAUUAAUAUUCCGCCGAAUUAUAACUAUUUCAAUCUUAACAGAACGGCGAGUUUUUCAACCAUAUGGUUUAGAAGGCGGAGAAAAUGGAGAACGUGGAGUUAAUUUACUUUUAAAAGAAAAUGGCAGGAUAGUUAAUUUAGGUCCAAAAAAUGCUAUAACUGCACAACCUGGGGAUACAUUUAGGUUAUUGACUCCGGGUGGAGGUGGUUAUGGAAAAGUUUCAGAUGUGAAACCAUUUACCACAGUUGAAAAAACGAUUGGAAAAGUAUUUACUGAACGAGGAAGUGUUCUUGAAUAUCGCCGAGCACAAGAAUCUGUAUAAAUUUGUUGUUAAUUUUUACUUUAAAAUGUUGUU